UGACAUCACCCAGUCAGUCCCACAUACACACCGCGGUGCGCUCUCUAGACUAGUUGCGGGAGCGGAGACGCGGCGAAGCACCUCAUUACAUCCUGAGCGCCAGCUGCUGCUGCGUCUUUCCUGUUUUGACUUUAUUCCCGGACUGUGCGCUUCUACGGAGGAUCAUAAUGGCGAGGCAUUACGCCCGAAAUGUGUCCGCAAAAACGAUCGGACUGCUCUUCUUUGCGGCGUCGAUACUCAUCCAGCACGGAACAUCAGGUCAGCGGGUGAAGGUGGAACCUGAGGUGUCGUCGUAUCCUGGCCAGACGGUCAACCUGCGCUGCGCUUUCCCCGACUCGACCGGCGUUCAGCUCACAAUGGUCACGUGGAUAUACGAGCCUAAGGAUGGAGACAGAACCAAUAUAGCUGUGUUUCACCCUUCCUUCGGCCCCAGCUUCCCCUCCAACUCGCCGGUGACUGGCAGAGUCGUCUUCAAACCCACUCCAAUAGAGCUGACGAGCCCUUCCAUUGAGAUCAAAGACGUCAAGAUGUCCGAUGAGGGCAAGUACAUCUGCGAAUACGCGACGUAUCCCGACGGCAACGAGCAGGGCAUCACCCAACUGAUCAUGCUGGCUAAGCCUGUGAACUCGGCCUCCAUCGUAACGGUGAACGCCGGCACUCAGUCGGUGGUGGUGGCCCGCUGCGAGUCCAAAAAUGGCCGCCCAGCAGCCAAGAUCAAGUGGGUGACCACAGCCAACGGCAACUCGAGCGAAAAGGUAACGACGGCCGCCGACAACACGGUGACGGUGACGAGCGAGUACCGCAUGGUGCCAAGGUCCGUGGACAACGGGAAGGACAUUUCCUGUGUGGUGGAGCACAGGACCCAGGUCAAACCUGAGAGCUUCCCACUGAAACUAGCCAUUCAAUUUCCCCCCGAGGUGACGAUUGAGGGAUAUGACAAUAAUUGGUAUCUGGGACGCACCAACGUGGCGCUCACCUGCCAAGCUAAAGCAAACCCCGUUCCCUCCUCCGUAAUCUGGAGAACAAUGUCGGGUGAGAUGCCAGAAGUCGCGCUUGUCAAAUCCAACGAGCUGAAGGUGUUAAAAGUGGACGAUACCGUCAACACCACUUUUGUGUGCGAGGUCAAGAACCGCAUCGGCACCACCAAGGACCAGGUCACGGUCUUCGUCAGAGAGCCUCCAAAGAAAGACUCCAAUGCUGGCGUUGUGGCAGGGGCGAUUAUAGGCUCCCUGCUGGCCCUCCUUUUGGUCGCCGCCCUCGUUACUGUGCUCGUCACCCGUAGCCGCAGGCAGCAGCAGGGUUACCGGGCCAACGGCGGCAGCGACAUGAAGACCCGCAUAUUUGGCGGCGGCAAGAAGGCGAGCAAGAACGGAACAAGCGGAGGAUCGGGGAGCGGCGGCGUCGCGGGUGGUAAUAACAACGGACCCGUCUACAUCGAUCGCUCGCCCAAUCAGGGUCUGGGAGAGAAAAACAACCACCACCAGCCAUUCACCAUGGGCGCCCGGCCCGAGGUGGUCACCGGCACGCCCACCGCCCAGGACAUCCUGCUGAGCAACGAGUUAGACGAAGCGGAGAGGAGGAAGUUCGACGAGAUGGCGGACGACGAGAGGUACGACCACUUCUCUGGAGGAGGCCCCAUCCUGCAACUGCGCCCGCCUCCCGACCAGGGCGACAUUAUUGGAGAUUACAUGGAUGAUGACAUGGAGUCCCAGCGGGAUGGCUCGGUCAUCUCCCGGACUGCAGUUUACGUAUAGAGGAAGAGGAGGAGAGCAUAUAGGGGAGAGGAGUAUGAGAGAAAUAAAAAGCAGGCUGGAAAAUUCCUCUUGGGGAUUGUACGGCUUUGGGGGGUCUCGUCCCUGUCUGAUUUGAGGAAAAAAGAAAAAGAAUACCGCUUUUAUUUUUGCAAAUUGAUUUUAAAUAUGUCAAUUAUUAAUCACAGUACAACCCCAUAGUGAGCGGGACUGGAAGAGGGCACGUGGAAAUACAAUUUAACAAGCGUCAACAGAAAAUUAAACUGAGAAAAGCGCAACGUCUCUCUCACCGCUUCAGCUCAUGCUCUCCACGUUGCUGGGAUCUUGACUUUCAACUGACAGACUAAAAGGGAAAAUACACAGUGUGGGAGUAGAGAAAUUGAAUCAUGAUACAAGCUUGGCUAUACAGGCAUUUCACUUGCAUAUUCACUCUUAACUUCACUUAGAAGAAGGAAAAAAAAAAUACUGUGGUUGUCAAGCAGUUCCAUGUUGCCUGCGACUCUCGGUCCUCCUGCGGGAAGCCUUUUUGUUUUGGUAAUGUGUUGUGCUGUAACAUCUGGUGUGUUGGUGUGUUUGGAACAAAAAAAAAAAAGAAAAGAGGUAGAAACCAUCAGGUGUAUUAGAGACGUGAAUGAUGUAUUUGCUUGUGCUCACUCUGCUCUCUCUGCCUUAUUCUGACAACUCUAAACACACAGCUCUGCAGAUCAUCAGCGACAGUGGACUCUAAAGACUUGAGUUUUUUUUGUCCUUUUUCUAAAAUCCUUUAAAAACCGGAAAGUUGAGAAAGUUAUUGUAGAUUUUUUUUUAGGAAAUUUUGCAUUCAAUGUCCCCCGCCACACCCCUGUGGCUGGAGGUUGGAUUCUGGAUAAAAGAAUGAGGUGCUGUUGAUGUGACGGGGUCGAGGGAUGAAGAGAAGGAUGCUGGGAGGGGCAGAGAUGAGCACGUCUCUUUCUUUUUUCCCCUCAUCCUCAUCUUUCUAGAGCCCUCUCGACAGGAGGAGCUUGAUUGGUAAUGAGCCAUGAAGUUGCUCGCCUAGCUGGGACCAACAGAUUGCCGCCGCUUAUCGUUUAUGAUGUGGCGUUUCCUCUCUUUAUCCCUCCUCCCAUCUCUAUCUUGCCAUCAGCAGCCCCUUCUCUUCCCAUAAACACGGGAGAGGAUGGGGAAGUGUUGAUUUAUCCGGGGGCGGUGUCGAGGUCACGGCCACCGAGAGCAGGGGGAGUAUUUUACCGCUCCUGAUCGGUCAGAUUUCCUACUUACUCGACUCCGGCCCGUCCUGACACAUCAGGACUUAGCAGUCCUCCUGGAGCGGACCCAUUCACCACCCCCCUCCUUCCACACUGCACUAAAUGGCCGGAUGUAACAGAACCCUCCAUAAUGCCGUGGCAUUAGGUAAGACAGAUUUUCAAUGAGGAUCAUAUAUUACUUUCCAUUAGUGGAUGUUAAUGUGGCAAAUUGAUUGGAAGACUUUAAAAAGGUUUGGUAUUGAUGGGCAGCGUGGGGUGAAAUGGCCCUUUAUGAUGCUGGUGCAGGGCUUAUUGUCUUCGGACGGUUAAUUCAUCCUUUUAAUGAGCCAUCGGGGCUUCUUCCUAAAAAUUAGACUCAAUAGCUACUGUACACUAGCUUCUCACCACAAUUUAUCCAGAUGCAUGCCAAUGUAAAAACAGCCUCAAAGGCAGUGUACUCAUGGGUUUCCCACCCGUUUUAUCGACUCCUCUUUGACCUCCUCAGGGGAGAAUCCAGUAUGCAUCUUGUUUGAUGUUAUUAAGGCCAGGUAAGAUCUGGGCCGGCCUUUUUGAAGGUGCCAUGUUGUUGAAAACAAGGUUGACCUGUCAAUAAGGUCAAAGGUGGGUCUUCAUUUCCUGUCAUGGCUCUUCAACCCUAAUCUGCUGACGCAAAAGAAAUGCAUCAGUACAGACUAGGCAUGGACCGUUAUAAUAUUCUCACGGUAUAAUAACCACAGUAUCAAAAUAUCUAUACAAAUAUAAACAUGCAACAUGAUCUGAGUUUAUCGCGGAAAAGCAUAAGUUAUUGCUACUGCUAAACUUACCCCAACAGUUUUUGAUAGAAAUAACGAGGAAUUA